AUUCAUCAAAAAAUUUCAAUAAUACUUCUAUUUCUAUAUUUGAGAACAAUUUUAUUAUAUUUUCUUUUGAAAAAUGGGUUUAAAAGGAAAGUUGAUUUCCGAAAUAGAAAUAAAAGGUUGUAAGGAUUUAUUUCAUGAAAUAUUUUGUGAAAAACCACACCAUCUUCCAAAUAUUGUACCACAAACUAUUCAAGCUGUUGAUUUACAUGAAGGUGAUUGGGGUACUGUUGGCUCCGUUGUAAAUUGGAAUUAUACUAUCGAGGGGCAGGAAAAAGUUGUAAAGGUGGUUGUUGAUGACAUAAACAAGGAAAAAAGGUUAGUGACAUUCAAGGCAUUUGAAGGUCAUUUGAUAGAGGAAUACAAGGCCUUCAAAGCAACUCUUCAUAUUGAGAAUGAAGGAGAUAACAACUUGGUUAUAUGGACUAUUGAAUAUGAAAAGCAAAAUGAAGAAAUUCAAGAACCCUUCUCUUAUUUGCAAUUAGCCACUAAUCUAACCAAAGAUGUUGACACUCAUCAUGUCAAUCAGUAAUAUCUAUGUUGUUCAGACUCUUUAAAUAUGUGGACGAGUGUUUCAAUAGUAAUGUAAUUCAUCAUAAGUGUGGUUUGGUAUGUGUUUGAAGAAUCACAAAAGUAAUAUGUUGUGAAUAAUGGAUUUCCAUGUUCUCUUUGAAAGAGGUGGUUGCUUGUUGAUGUUUGUGGUUCCCAUAAAGAUGUAGUUUUCUUUGUUGUAUUAUCAUGAAAUAAAUUGUACUAUUUCGUUUCUUCAAGAA